CUCGCUUUUGCGCUCCACUGUGUCCACAGUCAUUCGCUUUUAUUUAUACGAAAAAUAAGUGUAAGAAAGCAACGUCUGGCUGCCUAUUUUUUUUAUUGAUUUCAUUCCUAUUCCGGAUCCGAUUCCGUGUUAAUUGAAAACGUUAAUCAGUCGCCCGCUAGUUGUGCUCUUAUCAACACUUUUCGCGCGUGUUUUCCUGCGUGAGUGAGAGUAGUCUGUACAUAUAUUGCAUUUUCAUAUCCCUAGGAGGUUAUAGCAAUAUCGCGUUUGAUAAAAGAUAAGAUAAAAGUGGCAGCUAAUCCAUCUAAUUACUGAUGAGCGAUUGUCUAGGACCAUUUUACUCACACUCACGUGCGCAGCGAGUGAAAUUGAUGCCCACUCAGUUACUUCUGUUCUUUGUUCGCCAUUAGGCAGCGUACGGCCACCAAAGCGUUGCAGGAGCGACAUGGAUAACACCUCCACCUCGGACAUUGUCAUCAUCAAUGGCAACUCGCAUCCGGAUCUGGCCAAUAUGGUGGCCGAGCGUAUGGGAAUCAAGAAUGGGGGCUGCUCCGUGUUCCACAAGUCCAAUAGGGAGACUAUUGUGGAGAUCAGUGAUUCCGUUAGAGGCAAGGACAUCUACAUCAUCCAAACGGGCACAAAGGAUGCCAACAAUAAUAUCAUGGAGCUUCUGAUUAUGGCCUACGCCUGCAAGACUUCCUCGGCUCGUUCGAUCGUGGGAGUGAUUCCAUAUUUGCCCUAUUCCAAGCAGUGCAAGAUGCGCAAGCGCGGCUGCAUUGUGUCCAAGCUGCUGGCCAAGAUGAUGUGCACCUCUGGCCUGACGCACAUCAUCACUAUGGAUCUGCACCAGAAGGAAAUCCAGGGCUUCUUUGACAUACCCGUGGACAAUCUGAGGGCGUCGCCCUUUCUGCUCCAAUAUAUUCAAGAGAGCAUUCCCGACUAUCGAAAUUCGGUGAUUGUAGCUCGCAAUCCGGGCGUGGCCAAGAAGGCCAACUCCUACGCCGAGCGACUGCGUCUUGGCCUGGCCGUCAUCCAUGGCGAACAGAAGGAAACGGAUGCCGAUGAGGUCGACGGUCGGUACUCCCCUCCACCGACCAGAAACUCUACUCCACAACACGCCCCAACCAGCAGCGCCCGCCAGCGAACCACCUCGGUUUCGGUGGGUGUUCCGGAGCACAUUGUCAAGGUCAAGCCACCGCUGACCAUUGUGGGAGAUGUCAGUGGACGCAUCGCCAUCAUGGUGGAUGACCUGAUCGACGAUGUGCAGGCCUUCGUGGCCGCCGCUGAGAUGCUGAAGGAGAACGGUGCCUGCAAGAUAUACGUGCUGGCCACGCAUGGUCUGCUUAGCUCAGAUGCACCGCGUCAGCUGGACGAGUCGCCCAUCGAUGAGAUCGUUGUAACCAAUACCAUUCCACACGAGAUCCAAAAGCUGCAGUGCCAUAAGAUCAAGACGAUCGACAUCUCCAUUCUGAUCGCUGAGGCCAUUCGCCGCAUUCACAACAAGGAGUCCAUGUCCUAUCUGUUCCGCAACGUAACGCUGGAGGACUAGGGGACCCACUCACUCAUAUAACCACUCACAAGUCACAAAAAUAGUGUUGCAACCGACCCGUUUUGGGUCGUUUUUUGUUUGUUUAUCGCUUUUAGACAUCAAUUCAACGAGCGCCCAGCGCACGUUUGCUCAAAUAAAAUUGAUUGAUCCCACAUAAUGUAGCACACUUUUAGGCCUCACAUAUACUCAACACUGUCCUACAUGUUGUGCGUUCAUCUAAGGCUAGCCACUUCCUUCUAGUUCGUAAGUCCAAGAUCCCACAACUUUGUCCAAAUAAAGCAGAUUGUACUG